AUGUCCGAGCCCAAUACCGACGACUCCCUCCUCUCCGACCUCUGCACAAUCUGCCACAUCCACCCCCCCAAAUACCGCUGUCCCCGCUGCUCAACCCGCACCUGUUCCCUGCCCUGCUCGCGCCGCCACAAGCUCUGGUCGCAGUGCUCCGGCGUGCGCGACCCAGCCGCCUACCUGAGGCGCAGCGAGCUCGCCACCGACUCCGCCUUCGACCGCGACUUCAACUUCAUCACAUCGAUCGAGCGCGGCCUCGAGCGCGCGGAGCGCGACGCGGAGAAUAGAGGUAUCGCGGUGAAUGCGGGCGUGUCGGCGGAUCCGGCUGUGACGGGGCUUGAGAGUGAGGUUGUCGGGGAUGAGGCGGGGAGGAAGAGGAAGAGGCCUGCGGAGGGUGGAUUGGUGAAGGGGGAGACUGGGUUCUUGCGGGGCGCGCAGAAUGCUGGGGUUCAGGUUAUCAGGGCGCCGAGGGGGAUGAGUCGGAAUAAGGCGAAUGCGUCUAGGUGGCAUCCCAAACACAAGUGCUUGAGCUGGACGGUGGAUUGGGUUUCCCCAGACGGGGACAAGUUGACGCGGAAUUGUCUGGAGUCGUGUGUGCUGGCUGAUGCGUAUGAUCGUGUCUACCCUCAACCGAAGGACAGAGCAGACGAGAGUGAUCAGAAAACGAAACAAGAGGACAACCAAGUGUCAAAGGACGAUGCAAAGAAGAAAGAGGAGGAAGGGCAAAAGGCCCCCGAGGUCUUGUCUACCGGCGACCAGCCAGCGCCGUCAGAGGUGCCGACUCCGUCAGAACCAGCCCAAGACCAGGCCGAAACCACCUCCCACCGUGGCAUCUAUCUAUAUCUCCAUCGCCCACGAACUGCCACGAAGCAACCCGUCCUCAUUCCUUUGGCGCCCCGCUCGGCUCUAGCAUCUGCUCUUCGUGACCGCGUUGUUGUGGAAUUCCCGACCAUCUACGCGCUACGGGCAUCUCCAGAGAUGAUACUCGCAGAGAAAGAGAACCCAGCAUUCAUUCUAGAGGAGGAGUAUCUACGAACACAGGGCCCAGAACCAGACCUGAGCGAUAUCAUCCCACAAGAUCCAGCGGUAGAUCAGGGCCAGUCGGAGGCGAUCGAUCUAGGGCAAAUCGACGAAAAGAAGGUGCUAGAAGUGCUGAAGCAGGAUUUAUUCGAACCCGUUACUGCUUGCUCGGUAGCACACUGA